AGGAGAUGCACGGUGUGACUCCCCAGGAUAUUCAGCCAAGUAUGGCACCUACACCAUCAUGGAACUUGAGAGGAAUAAGAUUCUUGAUUUUCAGCUUGUGCAGGUAAAAUUUAACAUACAGAUCUAGACAAAUUGCGGAGUUAAGACUUAUUUAUUUUAAUUGAUUAAAAGUAUAUCAUCACAACCCUUAACAUUUAUGCUUUAAUUUUUUUCCGGAGUAAUGAAGUAAAGGGGUCUUCCCAUAUGGAGCUGGCUGGCUUAAAAAGAGCCAUGGGAUUCCUGAAAGAUCAUGUCAACAUAACAACCCUAGUGACAGACAGGCAUUCCAUGGUUAAAAAGCAAAUGAGAAUUUUUCAUCCAGACAAAAAUCAUUAUUUUGAUGUGUGGCACAUUGCAAAAGGUGUUUCCAAAAAACUUGAAGCAGCAUCAAUGAAGGUCAAUGGACAUCAAAUCCGACCAUGGAUAAAGUCAAUUGCCAACCACUGUCAUUGGACAGCUUCAUCUUGUGAUGAUGGUGGGGAACUCAAACAAGCAAAGUGGAAAUCGAUUGUGAACCACAUUGCUAACCAACAUGAAAAUCACUCCCCUCAAUAUCCUAGAUGUGAGCAUGCCCCAAUUGCAGAUAGCAGACAGUGGAUCAAAGAAGGCUCUGUUCCACACAAAUUAAUGAAGGAUAUAAUCCUCAGCCCCUUCCUUUUAAAAGACAUUUCCAAACUUUCACCAACUCACAAGACGUACAGCCUCGAGGUGUUUCACUCUUUUGUGAACCACUAUGCACCGAAGAGCACUCAUUUUUACUAUCCUGCUAUGCUUGCAAGGUAUAUAUGCUAA